AUCAGAUGACCGCAAGCAAUUGCCAGGAACGAACGGCCAUGGCAAAGACCCCAGCAGCGACAUCCCUUCCUAGCCCUGUGCUUUUUCUUUUUACCCACCGUGACUGUUUUUCUUGUACUUACCCGGGGAGGCGUACUCUGGUCGGUUGCGACUCUUCUGGACUUCCUCAUCCACCCCAGAGUAUGUACAGGACGAGGCAUCUUUGUGCAUCAGUUUUGGAUAGGAUCACUGUAACGAACUGGCGAACUCUGGCACGCUCGUUGGAUCCUUUCUCUUCAUCCGACCUCUAACCUUGACAUGGUCCAGUCGGAGAGACUGCAUCCAGUUCGACAUGUAUCGACCGCUUCCCUGGACACAUCGGCCUCUGGCAUCGCAGACAGUACCAUCAGCAACGGAGAAUCCUUGCGAUUAUCUCAGUUUCCCCAGCCGCCGUCAUCGAUCCCCACUACGCCUCUACGUGCAGAAUUUGCCCCUCCAUCACCAAAUAUCCCGACUGUCCGUACUAUAAUCGCGCCGCUUUUCCUGCACCAGCCCACUACGUCACAGACUUCCCCCUCCCUCCCCUCAGGCAGCGCCUCUACUAAUUACCGGUUACCGGCCAGCUAUUCCUCCCCUUAUUCAGGUUCAGGUACCAUCUACCCUCACGACUGGUAUGAUGGUGCCUCCAGCGUCGAUGUCGAUGAUGCUGAAGACCGUUUACUUUCCACGUCGUUCAUCACCUCGUUGCUCCAGGAGCAUCUAGCACCUUCACCUAAUAGCGCAGGUCGCAGAUUUUCCACUGGCAGCGAUGCGUUCAGCGGCGUAUCAGAAAUGACAUACCCACCGACUUCUCGUUAUCCAGACUCUGUCGACCGACCUUCUUUGCCUCCCCCGCCGUCUAUACCUCCAAGGUCGCCACCACCCCGCAAGCCACAAGGUGCCAGACCCCAAAAGCAGCCUCCCACUUCCUUCGCUAGCAAAGUGCUCCCCAACUCUGAUUAUUCCGACUCGCUCUGCUCGGAGCAAGAAGACAAUCUGCCUACUAUCAUACGUUCAGCUAGCUUUUCUCGAGGGGUCACUGUUCCCGGUGCUUCCGUGGUGGGUGUCGCUCCGGCAACUUUGCGAGCCAUUUCAAUUCAUAGCGAUGGCUGUGGCUCAGACUACAAACAGUUCGUUCGUUCCAGCUCAGCUUUGCCUCUAACAAAGCCCCGUCUCUCUCUGGCUCGUCCAGAGUCACGGCAAUCCACUCAUUCCAACCAUAGCGCUGCUCCUCCAUUUUUUUCUCGUGUCUCCUCCACGGGCAAAUCCAUAGCUCAGCGUAUCCCGACCUGGAGCAGAACUAAGCCACUACCGCCUGUUCCCAUCAUACCACAUAUUCCCAUCGCCGCAGAAGUUGCCAACCGCCGAAAGGAGGCAGUCAUUCCUCUGUCAGACCUGGCUGCGCGCGCAGGUACACUGAACAAUAUGCUAGAAAAAGGGUAUUAUCCUCAUGACUCUCGAACGUUCUAUCAUUUCGAUUCUCGUACAGGUGUUUUCUCCGCAUCUAAUGGAAGUGCCAUUCCGACGAAUGGCGAUCCCUCUCAGACGCAUCCUAACCGCAAAUCUCAACGUGGAUCCAUUUUUCAUUCGCUAGAGUCGUCCGGCUCAGAAACAACCAAAAGCACGUUACAUUUCUUUCGUAAGAAAAAGUUGAUCAUUUUUGCUAUUUUCGCCGCUGCCGCACUGAUUAUCAUUGGUGUUGCUGUCGGUGUAACGGUGGGUCGGAAAGGUCAGGAUGCACACCAUUGUGCUGCUGGUCUCGCUGGAACAGCUUGCAAUCUUAAUUCUACCUGCGUGUGCACAUCGUCAGUUACAGGCAGCUGUGACGCGCUUGCCCAAAACGUCGUCGACCUUUUACCAACAAUGAACGAAUUGUUCGACACUGAUCACACCCUUAAUUAUGUGUACACUUCUCUUUGGCUUACUCUGGGAACUACAACGGGAAGCGACUGCUCAGGGCAAUCUCUUCUUGUUGAUGUCGCGCCGGCGUUGACUAUGUCGGAUUCCCCCAAUCGUACGGAAUGGGCCCAAGCUGCAAUUCUUUGGAAUCUUGUUGAGUCGCAGAAUGUUUCCAGCGCGAAAGAAUUGCAAGAGUUCGCCAAGAAUGCCCCGUGGACGGGAAUUAGCCAAUUGGAUGGACCAGUGCCCUAUGAUACCGGUUCUUUUGCAGUGAAUGCCUCAGGUUUCACCUUCAAUUUUGCAUCUCAGUCGAUCAGUCAACCAGCCGUAUCAUUCGUCACCAAUGGUCAGCCCACUGAUGAGCAGAUCGGUCGACUGAGCGAUACAACCCUUUCUGCAUUGAAUCGGAUGUACAGUUAUGCACUUGCAUCCUCCACCCAGCAACAGGAUGCACUGUCGACAUACUGGACCUCAGUUUUGCAGCAAAGGGAAGAAGAUUUGUCCGUCUUCUUGUCGCUUGUCAGCUCGUCGCCCCUUCUAAUUCCCUUCGAUGCCACGUCUCAAUCCGUGUCUGCCCUGAUGACCAAUUCAUCUACUGAACCCUUCCCGCCGCCUCUAGGAUGCUAUCCGAAUCUAUCAUCAUCUGAGCUCGAACAGAUCAGUGAUAUCGAAGUUUCAGUAUUCGGACUUUCCAAAAAAGCGGGGGCGUUUGAGUUCGAUACCUCUUGUUAUCCCGACCGUCCGUUGUAUGGAAUUUUGAAUGUGCUUCGCCUUCGACUCCCGUUCGCGAAUACUACAACAGGUGUUGCUCAACAAGCUGCGGUCCUUAACCGCGAUGUUGGCCCUCGUGUGGUCCUUCGCAACGGUCAACUGUUGAGUUCUUUGCCAGGAUCACCUGUUCAGCCAUCUAACGGCACCCAAAAUCCUCGACAUUAUGGGACACUCAACCAUCUCCAACACGUUAUGCAUAACUACUUGCUAUCCCUUGACAUCGAUGUUGCUAUUGCUCUCGUGACCUUUCUGCUGUCGUAUGCAGUGGUACCACCAGAUAACGAGUCAGAACUCGUCGCGUCCCUAUCAUCUAUCCCGGCUCUAGAAAUUGCUGUUUUUGGUAGCGUAUUUCCAGCCGACAUUGAUCAUUCCGUGUCGUCCUUUUCGACUACAUCGGGGACAUUGUUCUUUGGGUCCGAGGAGGGAAGCGCAUUGCGGAACUGGACGAUCACAGGCACGGGCACCAAAGUCAUUUGGGCAGAUAAUGCUACGUCUGCCCUGGUCGUGUACGACUCGUCGCUGACAGAUGAAACGUUCGAUGCAGUAUGGUCUGCUGCGGCAGCAGCAUUGGAGAGCAAUGUGGAAAAUGUCACGGCGAACAAUGUGACUUCAUCUCUGGGCAGCUUGGGCAAAAUGGAUUCAUGACGGACAUUGCAAUAAGCCGGUGUACACGUACUCAUUAUUGUUAUUAUAUAUACGCUUUCACGAUCUUUUAUUAUUUUUAUGCAGCUAGUUAGAAUUAUUCGUAUACCAACGCAAUACAAAUGGAAUCAUGUUAUGGAG